UCGUAAAGGACAGACAUUGUAUUUAAUAUUUUAGGCCAGUUUUGGCUUGUCCACUAUUACAUCGUUCCGAUGCCUUCGCAUAACAUAAAGGACCUCGAGGAUUUCGUCCACAUUAAUUCCCUGCUCGAUCCCUCGUCACCAGUCAGGCUCGUAUUCACCAUUGGUCGCUUUCUCAGACCCAAUCCAAAUCCCAGUGGUCUAGUAGCCCUUGCCGUAGCCCUUGUUCUUGUCCUCUCCAUAACCUUUGUUCUUGUCGUCGUUCUUCUUGUCGUCCUUGUUUUUGUAAUCCCCAUAACCCUUGUUCUUGUCGUCCUUCUUCUUGUCGUCCUUGUUUUUGUCAUCCCCAUAGCUUCCAUAACCCUUGUUCUUGUCGUCGUUCUUCUUGUCAUCCCCAUAGCUUCCAUAACCCUUGUUCUUGUCGUCGUUCUUCUUGUCAUCCCCAUAGCUUCCAUAGCCCUUGUUCUUGUCGUCCCCAUAACCUCCAUAACCAUUGCUACGGCGAUCUUUGUUGUAGUUGCCUUUAUCCCCGCCCUUGGAAGGAUAGCCGUACUUGUCGUCAUACUUGUCGUCAUACUUCUCGUCGUCAUCGUCGUCAUCUCCCUUGCCCUUUUGCUUCCCACCCUUGUCUCCGUAGCCACCGUAUCCACCCUUGGGAGGAUAAUGGUCGCCGUACUUGGCUGGAGUACCUGGCUCGGCCUCAGGGGCAGGGGCGGCCAGAAUGGCUGGGGCGGCAGCAGCAAUGAGGGCGAUGAGGGAGAGCUUCAUUUUGACGUCAAAUGGGGGAAAUGAAAUUGAUUUUAUCUGUAUGAGCUGGGAGAUAG